CUCUCCCCGACGAAUGCUAUAGGCCUUCUAGCAUACCGAAGCGCCGUAACCCUCGAACCGCAGCGUAGACGUACCAAAAACGGGGCGGCUGGCAACUUUUUUGUUUGAAUUACAUUUCUUGACCGCCAGGAACGCCAACAAGGAGCUAUCCGGACCCUGAAUCCUCCCUCCCACCACGACCACCGCACCCGCUGCCGUCACCGCCGCUACCGAACACACCGUCGUCCUCAACCCUCUCGAGCGGUCUCCCCGACACUUCCACCACCACCCCACACAAACCCAACAUGGCACACAUUUACGAUGUUGGCACCAGGGCCUGGCAGCCAGACACCGCCGAGGGCUGGGUGGCCUCCGAAGUCGUGGACAAGCAAGUGCAGGGUGAUAAGGUCAAGCUGAUAUUCAAGCUUGACAAUGGCGAGAGCAAAACCUUUGAGACGACCCUCGCAGCCAUUCAAGAUGGCAAUGACCCCAACCUCCCACCUCUUAUGAAUCCCGCGAUGCUCGAAGCUAGCGAUGACCUUACGAAUCUGUCACAUUUGAACGAGCCGGCUGUGCUCCAAGCGAUCAAGUUACGUUAUUUGCAGAAGGAAAUUUACACAUAUUCUGGUAUCGUCCUCAUUGCGACGAACCCUUUCGCUAGGGUUGAUUCCCUCUACGUACCAGGCAUGGUACAGGUUUAUGCUGGAAAACAACGAUCCUAUGGUGCACCGCAUUUGUUCGCCAUCGCCGAAGAGGCCUUUGCAGACAUGUUGCGUGACCAGAAGAACCAGACCAUUGUCGUCUCUGGAGAAUCCGGAGCUGGCAAGACGGUCAGUGCCAAAUACAUCAUGCGGUACUUCGCAACACGAGAGUCUCCAGACAACCCCGGAAAGCGAAGAGGCAAAGCCGAUGCCAUGAGCGAGACGGAAGAGCAGAUUCUGGCUACCAAUCCCAUCAUGGAAGCCUUCGGUAACGCAAAGACGACGCGAAACGACAACUCUUCUCGAUUCGGAAAAUACAUUGAGAUUCUGUUCAACAAGCAGACCGACAUCAUUGGUGCGAAGAUCAGGACAUAUCUGCUUGAGCGAUCGAGGUUGGUGUUCCAGCCGCUGAAGGAGAGGAAUUACCACAUCUUCUACCAGCUCUGCGCUGGUGCGACCGAUGCGGAGAGGGAAGAGCUGGGACUGAAGUCUGUCGAGGAGUUCACCUACCUCAACCAAGGCAGCGCACCCGUCAUUGACGGUGUAGAUGACAAAGCAGAAUUUGAUGCUACGCGAAACUCUUUGACCACAAUUGGAGUAUCUACAGAUACACAAUCGGAGAUGUUCCGACUGUUGGCGGCGCUUAUCCACCUCGGAGACGUCAAAAUCACCGCUACACGGACUGACUCCAGCCUCGCCCCCGACGAGCCAGCAUUGGUGAAGGCUUGCAACCUCCUCGGCAUCAACGCAUCCAACUUCGCCAAAUGGACGGUGAAGAAACAGCUCAUCACCAGAGGAGAGAAGAUUGUGUCCAAUUUGACUCAGCAGCAAGCUACCGUCGUCAAGGACUCCGUCGCUAAAUUCAUCUACUCAAGCAUGUUCGACUGGCUUGUGGACCGUAUCAACGAGAGUCUCGCCACAGAGCAAGUUAUUGCAUCCGCCCACUCCUUCAUCGGUGUGCUCGAUAUUUACGGUUUCGAGCAUUUUGCGAAGAACUCCUUCGAACAGUUCUGUAUCAACUACGCCAACGAGAAGCUGCAGCAAGAGUUCAACCAGCACGUCUUCAAGCUCGAACAGGAGGAGUACCUCCGAGAACAGAUCGACUGGACGUUCAUCGACUUUGCGGAUAACCAGCCUUGUAUCGACCUCAUCGAAGGCAAGCUUGGUGUGCUUUCCCUGCUCGACGAAGAAUCGCGUUUGCCUAUGGGUUCCGACGAGCAAUUCGUGACCAAGCUGCACCACAAUUUCGCUGGAGACAAGCAGAAGUUCUACAAGAAGCCUCGAUUCGGAAAGUCUGCCUUCACCGUCUGCCAUUAUGCUGUGGACGUCACUUAUGAGUCUGAUGGAUUCAUCGAGAAGAAUCGGGAUACCGUGCCCGAUGAGCAUAUGGAGGUUCUCAAGGCUUCGUCGAACAAGUUCCUGAGCGAGGUUCUACACGUUGCAUCUCAAAUCAGAGAUAAGGAGACCGCUGCUACUACCUCUGCUAAGCCUGGAGCCGCCGUGUCCGCAGGCCGAAGAAUCGCAGUCAACAGGAAACCCACGCUAGGAGGCAUUUUCAAGUCCUCGCUCAUCGAACUCAUGGGCACUAUCAAUUCGACCGAUGUCCAUUACAUCCGAUGCAUCAAGCCUAACGAGGCUAAAGAGGCCUGGAAGUUCGAAGGCCCUAUGGUUCUCAGCCAGCUCCGAGCUUGCGGUGUCCUCGAAACCGUCCGCAUUAGUUGCGCGGGUUAUCCUACGAGGUGGACUUAUGAGGAAUUCGCCCUCCGUUACUACAUGUUGGUCCCAUCCAACUCUUGGACCCCCGAGAUCCGCAACAUGGCUACUGCCAUCUUGAAGAAGGCCUUGGGCGAAGGCAAGAACGAUGGCAGCGAUAAAUACCAGAUGGGUCUGACUAAGAUCUUUUUCCGUGCUGGCAUGUUGGCGUUCCUUGAGAAUCUGCGCACUGCUCGACUCAACGAAGCCGCCAUUAUGAUCCAGAAGAACCUCCGAUGCAAAUACUACAGGCGUGUCUACCUCGAAACCCGCGACUCCAUCAUGCAACUCCAGGCUUUGGCAAGAGGAUACCUCACCAGAGAACGCGCAGAGGAGGCCAGGCAGAUCAAGGCCGCAACGACCAUUCAGCGAUGCUGGCGCGGAUCCAAGGACAGGAAGCGCUUCCUCAUGGUCCGAAACUCCGUCAUCAAGUUCCAAGCGGCCGCAAAGGGUUUCCUCCUCCGCAAGAACAUUCUCGACACUCAACUUGGAAACGCCGCCAGGAUUAUCCAACGCAACUGGCGAUCACAGAGGUCGCUCAGGACUUGGAGGCAGUACAGGAAGAAGAUUGUCCUCAUCCAGAGCCUGUGGAGAGGAAAGGUGGCCCGUCGCGCAUACAAGGGUCUCCGCGCCGAGGCUCGCGAUCUCAAGAAUAUCUCUUACAAGCUGGAGAACAAGGUCGUCGAGCUCACUCAGACUCUGGGUACGAUGAAGGCACAGAACAAGGCCCUCCAGUCUCAAGUCGAGAACUACGAAGGUCAGAUCAAGUCCUACAAGGAGCGCUCUCGUGCCCUCGAGAACCGCCAGAAGGAGCUCCAGGCCGAGGCCAACCAGGCCGGUAUCACCGCUGCCAGGUUGAGCGCCAUGGAAGCCGAGUUCAAGAAGCUCCAGACCAACCACGACGAGAGCACCGCCAAGAUGCGUCAUCUCCAGGAGGAGGAGAAGCAACUUCGUGCAUCGCUCAAGAAGACAACCGACGACCUCGAUUCUGCCAAGAGGAGGAGCAACGUCACCGAGACGGAGAAGCUUUCGCUUCGACAACAGCUUGCCGACUUGCAAGAUCAGGUAGAGAUGAUGAAGCGCUCUGGUCCCAUCACUGGCGGCGAGAUGGCCAACGGUCACGCUCCUUUCUCCCAAGCGACCAGCCUCAUCAACCUUGUCUCAAACAAGAAGCCAAAGAGGCGCAGUGCUGGACCCGAUACCCGCGAUCUGGACCGUUUCAGCCAAACAUACAGCCCCAGGCCCGUUUCCAUGGCUGUUGGUGCUCACCGUCCAAACCUUUCUGGUUCGACCUUCAACCCCAACUUGGACAAUGUCGAGCUUGAGUUGGAGAACAUCCUUGCUGAUGAGGAUCUGUUGAACGACGAAGUCACUCUUGGUCUCAUCAAGAACCUCAAGAUUCCUUCGCCAGUGACCACCCCACCACCUACCGACAAGGAGGUCCUCUUCCCGGCCUACCUCAUCAACUUGGUCACCUCAGAGAUGUGGAAUAACGGAUUCGUCAAAGAGUCCGAGCGAUUCCUCGCCAAUGUUAUGCAGUCCAUUCAGCAAGAGGUCAUGCAGCACGACGGAGACGAAGCAAUCAACCCUGGAGCAUUCUGGUUGUCCAAUGUCCACGAGAUGCUCUCCUUCGUUUUCCUUGCUGAAGAUUGGUACGAGCAACAAAAGACAGAUAACUACGAGUAUGACCGACUUUUGGAGAUCGUCAAGCAUGAUUUGGAGAGUCUUGAGUUCAACAUCUACCACACUUGGAUGAAGGUUCUCAAGAAGAAGCUGCAUAAGAUGAUCGUCCCAGCUAUCAUUGAGUCGCAGUCUCUUCCUGGAUUUGUCACCAACGAGAGCAACCGUUUCCUCGGCAAGCUUCUCCAGAGCAACAACGCACCCGCAUUCAGCAUGGACAACCUUCUUAGCUUGCUCAACAACGUUUACAAGGCUAUGAAGGCUUACUACCUCGAAGACUCCAUCAUCACCCAGACCGUCACGGAGUUGCUCCGACUUGUCGGCGUUACUGCAUUCAACGACCUGUUGAUGAGGAGGAAUUUCCUCUCCUGGAAGCGUGGUCUCCAGAUCAACUACAACAUCACCCGUAUUGAGGAAUGGUGCAAGUCACAUGACAUGCCCGAGGGCACUCUGCAGCUUGAGCACUUGAUGCAGGCUACCAAGCUGCUCCAGCUCAAGAAGGCCACCCUCAACGACAUCGAGAUCAUCCAGGAUAUCUGCUGGAUGUUGUCGCCAAACCAGAUCCAGAAGUUGCUCAACCAGUACCUCGUUGCCGAUUACGAGCAGCCUAUUAACGGCGAGAUCAUGAAGGCCGUUGCUUCGAGGGUCACCGAGAAGAGCGAUGUCUUGCUCUUGACGGCCGUGGAUAUGGAGGAUUCGGGACCAUACGAGAUCGCUGAGCCUAGAGUCAUUACGGCUCUCGAGACAUAUACUCCAUCUUGGCUCCAAACGCCACGAUUGAAGAGACUUGCGGAAAUUGUGAGCCAGCAGGCCAUUGCUCAACAAGAGAAGGUUGAAUACGAUGAGCCUAACGGUGCCGAGAAUGGUGUCAACGGGCAUACGCUAGCGUUGCUCGAAGAGGAGGCUUCUGCAUAGAGCCUGUACGAAUUUUAACGUCAG